AUGCUCUCUCUGCAAAUCUUCACCGCCCUGAUCGCGCUCUUGGUGUCGCCUUUUUUGGCGAGCGCAAGGCCCGCCGCUCGCCGGAACGUGAACAACUUCUUCCUGGUGGCCACGCCGACCAAGACCGCCCACCCGACCACCUCGACGGGCCUCAACCUGAUCGACCCCUUCCACCAGGAGCAGUUCUUCCUGCGCGCCCAGGAGGACGCGGCAUCGUACUCGGAGUUCAACCUGACCAAGGGGACGCUGGAGACGCUCGCCAUGCCCCCGAACCUCUUCACCCUGGAGACGUACGAGUCCAACAUCGACACGGACUCUGGCGAGUUCUUCUUCCUUCCCGAAAGCGGCACGCCCGGCUUGUUCUCCUUCCACGGUCAAUGGCUAGCCUUCAACGGGUCCACGUCCGGCUUUACGAUCUGCGAGCCUUCCAAUGCCAUCGAAAAUCCCGUCGUGUAUUGGAAGGGUACCGACUCGACUUGCGUGGACACGUUCAUAUUCAGGACCACGACCGAUCCCGCCUCGACAUCGACAUAG